AUGUCGAUGCCAAUAACUCUUUGUCCUUGUUGGUAAAUUUUAGAAUAAGAUUAAUCCAAUCCAAUACAUGCAAGUGUGUGUAUAGAGGAAAUCUAUUCAUGUUACUUUUUAAAUAGUCUUAGAAUCUUUUUACAUAUUUUUUAAAUUUAUCUGCAGUUUAAGGUCUCAAGGAUGAAAAUUAAAGGGAACUCAAUCUUUGAUCGAGAAGCAGAAAUUCUAGACAGUACAUAAAAACUUUUAAAAGUAUUUUACAGUUAGUAGAAUCUAAUUUCUGCAUCUACAAAAAAUUUUCGAAAUAAGGUAUAAUUUCUCCAUCUAGGUCAAUAGCUCUCUCUUUUGUAAGUUCAAUUAUGA